GUUUUCAUUAGAAUGUAUCAAAAAGUGCUGCAUUACUCUAAUUUUCUUUUCUAAUUUUACCUUUCUUACUUUUCUUGGCUAAUUCAAUAAAAAAUUACAAUUUAAUGGCCUCAACGUAAAGAAUAGAAAAUUGUGGAAAUUAAAAAAAAUAAACAUAACUUGUGCAAACGUCAAAAUAAAAUGUCAAAAUAAUUUUUUCCCACGAGAAAGUCAUCAGUGAUAGCGCUUAUCAGUGGGAUUUAUAAAUAGUACGUCGCAAUUGUACACAGACAGACGCUCAGGGUGAAGCAUUGUGCCUCUGGGACGUUAUCGGUUAGUUAAGCAAGUGCACCGAUGCUUGGCAAAUUGUCCCGGAAUCUGUGGGCCAGGAGAUGUGGAACACUGGGGCUCCGCAGCUGUCCUAGUGUCUCUACCUGGUCUCCCCUGGCCACCGCCUUCAACACUAAGCCCCACACACGAUUGAACAUCACAAAGAACGACACGGGGCUCUUUGGGAUCUCCGCACUGACGAAUCCCGAAGGAUUUUACCUCCUCAAGGAGAAUGCCAUCCACAGGACAGAUGAGCUCAUUGAGGAAGCUACCCGUGAGAAGAGGAGCAGGAAGAUGGUGGAGAUUUUCGACGAACUCUCUGACACUCUGUGCAAAGUGGCUGAUUUGGCGGAAUUUGUGCGUCUCUCCCAUCCGCACGUGAAGUUUCUGCACGCAGCUGAGGAUGCCUGCAUAAGCAUUAGUGGCAUUGUGGAGAAACUAAACACCGAUCGGGAGCUCUAUCGUGUUCUCAAGGCUGUUGUGGAUUCCGGAGAUGCCUUCCCGACGAAUCCCGUCGACGAUCACGUGGCGGAGCUCUUCCUCUUUGACUUUGAGCAAUCUGGCAUUCAUCUCGAGGAGAAACUGCGACGCCGAGUAGUACAUCUCAAUGAAUGUAUCCUCCAGCUUGGACAGAGAUUCAUGGCUGGAGCCAUAACCCCACGUGUUGUUGAUAAGGAAGUCCUCCCGGAGAACAUUCGACACUUCUUCACGCGUAAAGGGGAUAAAAUUGAGGUGGCCAGCUUAUUUGCGGAGUCAACCAAUGCAAAAGCCCGCGAGGCUGCCUUUCGACUCUUCCUCUAUCCAGACCAGAGGCAGGAUCAACUGCUGACAGACAUCCUGGCUGCUCGACAUGAAUUAGCCACCAUUUGUGGCUUCCCCACUUAUGCCCACCGAGCACUGAAAUCCUCCACUGUGGAAAAGCCAGACACUGUGCGGGAAUUCCUGGAAAUCCUCACAGAAGGACUACGGCCAAGAGCGGAGGAGGACUUUCGGCAAAUGGCCCAAAUGAAGCGUCAAGAAAAUCAGAUGAGUACAGAACUAGCUGCCUGGGAUACGCCCUACUACACGGCCAAACUGAAGAAGGAAUUGCUGCAGGUGAAUGCAAAGGAAUUUGCUCCUUACUUCAGUCUGGGUGCCUGUAUGGAGGGCCUAAACACCGUGACAACCAGCCUGUAUGGCAUCCACUUGGAGAACACUGAAAUGCAACCGGGUGAAGCGUGGAAUACGGAUAUUUACAAAUUGGCGGUGGUUCAUGAGAGCGAAGGUACCUUGGGGUACAUCUACUGUGAUUUCUUUGAGCGUCACGGCAAGCCCAAUCAGGAUUGCCAUUUCACCAUUCAGGGCGGGAAGCGUCUCCCAGACGGGACGUACCAGCCACCCAUUGUGGUCAUCAUGUUGAAUUUGCAGCAACCACGAUGGUCAGGCCCGACGCUCCUAACGCCCUCAAUGGUAGAUAAUUUGUUCCACGAAAUGGGUCACGCAAUGCACUCCAUGCUUGCCCGAACGGAGUAUCAGCAUGUCACGGGGACACGCUGCAGUACGGACUUUGCGGAGAUUCCAUCUGUGCUCAUGGAGUACUUUGCAGCUGAUCCACGGGUUUUGGCUACAUUUGCACGGCACUACCAGACACACGAACCCAUGCCGCAGGAUAUGCUGAAUCGUCUGUGUGCCUCCAAGUUCCUCUUUACUGCUUCCGAAACGCAGCUUCAGGUUUUCUAUUCAGCACUGGAUCAGGCCUAUCAUGGUGAUCCCACUGAGCAGGGAGCUUCAACAACGGACACCCUGAGGCAGCUCCAGGAACGGUACUACGGGCUCCCCUAUGUGAAUGCCACAGCCUGGCAAUUGCGCUUCUCCCAUCUCAUUGGCUACGGGGCUAAAUACUAUUCGUAUCUCGUCUCACGCGCUGUUGCCUCCAGCAUUUGGCACACCUUCUUCGCCAAGGAUCCCCUGAGUAGGGCUCAAGGGGAACGGUAUCGUAGGGAAUUUCUCUCUUUCGGCGGUGGUGUACCCAGUGGGAAGCUUGUUGGGGACUUCCUCCAAUGUGGCGUAACACCGCAAAUUUUAGCAAAGAAUCUCAUCGAGGAAGUCGAUGCAAAUAGCGAAAUAAUCCGGCAUCUCACGGAAAGGAAGUAAAGAGAAUCAGAACAUUUUUUAAAUUCUAGGUUUUGUUUUAUUUAUCAAAAAACAGGAAGUGGGGGCAGAAAACUGAAAAUUUUAGGAGGAAAAAAAUGGGCACAGAACUCUACAAAAUCGCGUGGCAACUUAUUUACAACACAUCAUCGAAUCCUCUCUCUUUUUGUAAAUAUUAUUUUCGUGUUUCUUCUAUAAUAAAUUGUAAAUUAUUAUGACA